CAAUCUACCUCACGUGCUACUAUAAUGCACCCAAUAAUCAAAAACUUCCUCAAACUAUAAAGACCUUGCCUGUAUAGGUCGUAACUCGUAAGUCUUUGCCUUUAUAUGUUGAUUAUGGCUUCCUACAAGGCUAUCCUUCUCUUCUUCCUUAUCACUUUCCUCUAUUCUUCUACCUCUGAAGCACAACCUACUUACCUUUUCCAUGUCUGCUCUUCCAACAAAACCUUCACUGCCAAUAGUGCCUUUCAAUCUGAUCUCACCACUCUCCUCUCUUCCUUAGCUUCGGAUAACACCGCCAACACUGAAUUCUACAACACCACUGUUGCCGGUGGCGGAGAAAAUGCCUACGGCCUCUUCAUGUGCCGGGGUGACGUCACCCUCCUGGUGUGUCACCAAUGCGUCAUUGAGGCAAAACAAAGAUUAACUUCCGAGUGCCAAUUUUCUAAGGAGGCCAUAAUCUGGUACGACGAGUGCAUGCUUCGCUAUUCCAACAGCUCCUUCUUCACCACCGUGGACACGAGGCCAAGACUCGGCCUCUUGAACACCGGCGAUAUCGCCAACCCGGUAAGCUUCAUGAGAUUACUGUUCAAUACAAUGAACGAGACGGCAGAUGUGGCGGCGAAACCGGCUUUGGGUGAAAAGAAGUACGCGACGAAAGAAGCUUUUAUUUCGGGGUUUCAAACUCUGUAUUGUCUAGCUCAGUGCACGCCAGACCUUUCGCCGGAAGAUUGCAGAAGGUGCCUGAGCGGAGUGAUCGGGGACCUUAACUGGUGUUGUACUGGAAAGCAAGGAGGAAGAGUUCUAUACCCUAGCUGUAAUGUUCGCUACGAAUUGUACCCUUUCUAUCAAACGGAAGAUCCUGCACCUCCACCAGCUUGAAACUUAAUUAAUCAAGUGAUUCCUCCUCCAUAGGAUUGAAAGUUGGAGGUUUUAAUUCUCAAGUGUCUGUAUGAGUUUGUAGUUGCUUCGUUUUCCGCUUGAAUGACGGGCCGGCCAUUCAUUCAGGCAAUAUUGUAUUUAUAUAUAGCAAUAAGGUCUGAAGAUCUUUUUAUUUUGCUUUGUACUAUUGUUGUAUUAAAUUCACCACCUACGGCUUACAGUUA